CACACAAACACAUGCUCACUUUGCCCAGAGGUCAGACAGUGGACUUCUCUGUCCCCUCCUUGACUCUACCUUUACACUUUUGGGACACUCUUUUUCAUAGAAAGGGGAACUUAUUUGCGUGAGGUAUUUUUACUUUGAUUUUACCUUUUCUUUCCUUUUGCUGCCUGACACACAGUCAUGGCCAUUUCCUCCUGAAAGAACAGAUCUUGCAUUUCUCUAAGAAGAGGAAUCGGCGUCUUCAGCGCGUCUGGUGUGUGUCUCGGGGUGUGAAAGUGAAAUGAAGUGAGGUUUUAUUCAGCGUGACCCGUUAAGAUGCACCAAAAGCAGCUUUUAAUAUUGACAUUUGUCAUCAUCAUUUGCAGUAGCAUCACCCUGCAAGAGAGCAGUGAGUGCACCCAGGCCAAUGCCAAGUCCUGUGGAGAGUGCAUCCAAAUAGGAGAGAACUGUGCCUGGUGUACGGAUCCUGACUUUCUGAAGCAGGGUGAGCCUACAUCCACACGGUGCGAUGACCUACACAUACUGAGGAAGAAGGGCUGCAAGGAGAAGAUGGUCGAAAACCCACGUGGAGGGCAGAAGGUGGAGCAAAACAUUCCUGUCACAAAUCGCAGGAAGGACACGGCUGAGCGCCUCCGGCCUGAGGAGAUCACACAGAUCCAGCCCCAGAAGCUCACCCUCACACUGAGGAUGGGUGAGCCACAGUCCUUCAACCUGACCUUCAAACGGGCUGAGGACUACCCCAUCGACCUCUACUACCUCAUGGACCUCUCCUACUCCAUGCACGACGAUCUGCAGAAUGUCAAAAAGUUGGGCACAGCCCUGAUGCAGGAGAUGCAGGCCAUCACCUCGGAUUUCAGGAUCGGCUUCGGCUCCUUUGUGGAAAAGACGGUGAUGCCGUUCAUCAGCACUACACCGGCUGGGCUGAGGAACCCAUGCACAGGUCAAUAUGACUGUGCGAGCCCCUUCAGCUACAAGAAUGUGCUGAGCCUGACGAGCAACGGCAAGGAGUUCAACCAUCUGGUGAGCCAGCAGCAGAUCUCUGGUAACCUGGACUCUCCAGAAGGUGGCUUUGACGCAAUCAUGCAAGUGGCCGUCUGUGGGGAGCAGAUUGGCUGGAGGAAUGUGACACGCCUCCUGGUGUUCUCCACCGACGCUGGUUUCCAUUUUGCCGGUGAUGGCAAACUGGGCGGCAUAGUGUUGCCCAACGAUGGCAAGUGCCACUUGGAGAACAACACCUACAGCAUGAGCCACUAUUAUGACUAUCCAUCUAUCGCCCACUUGGUUCAGAAGCUGAGUGACAACAACAUCCAGACCAUCUUUGCUGUCACGCAGGAUUUCCAGGAUAUUUACCAGGAGCUGAAGAAACUUAUUCCAAAAUCGGCAGUAGGGACCCUGUCAUCCAACUCCAGUAACGUCAUCCAGCUCAUCAUUGACGCUUACAAUUCUCUGUCCUCAGAGGUGAUCCUGGAGAACAGCAAGCUCCCUAAGGGGGUGAACAUCGCAUACACCGCCUACUGCAAGAACGGUGUGGUCCAGGAUGGCGAGGAUGGCAGGAAGUGUGUCAACAUCUCCAUCGGAGAUGCAGUGUCUUUCAACAUCAACAUCACGGCGCACGAGUGUCCAAAGGACAACAACUCACAGACGGUCAAGAUCAAGCCACUGGGUUUCAACGAGGAGGUGGAGGUCGUCCUUAAGUUCAUCUGCCAGUGCGAGUGUCAGCAUGAAGGCAUACCCAACAGCCCGCUGUGCCACAACGGCAACGGGACCUUCGAGUGUGGAGCCUGCAGGUGUAACAAAGGGCGCACAGGCCACAUGUGCGAGUGCAGCACGGAAGAGGUGAACACCGAGGACCUGGAUGGCAACUGUCGCCGCGACAAUGGCUCCGAGAUCUGCAGUAACAACGGCGACUGCAUUUGCGGCACGUGCGAGUGUAAGAAGCGGGAGAACCCAGAGGAGCGCUACUCGGGAAAAUACUGCGAGUGCGACAACUUCAACUGUGAUCGCUACGACAACAAGCUGUGUGGAGGACACGGCCGCUGCGAGUGCAGGGUGUGCAUCUGUGAUGCCAACUACACGGGCAGUGCCUGCGACUGUCCACUGGACACCACACCCUGCUUGGCUGCCAACCAGCAGAUCUGCAACGGGCGCGGCGUGUGCGAAUGCGGCACCUGUAGGUGCACCGACCCCAUGUACCAGGGCCCGACUUGCGAGACGUGCCGCACCUGCCCCGGCAUCUGCUCCCAGCACAAGGACUGCGUACAGUGCAGGGCCUUUGGCAGCGGCGAGAAAGAGAAGACAUGUGAGGAGGACUGCCGCUACCUUGAUCUCAUCAUCGUGGAAAACCUGAGUGAGCUCCCUGAGUCCACACAUCCCACCUGCAAAGAGCGCGCUGACAACGACUGCUGGUUCUACUACACCUACUCAGUCAACGGCACCCAAGAGAUAGUUCAUGUGGUCAAGGACCAGGACUGCCCCAAGGGACCGGACAUCAUCCCUAUCGUGGUGGGCGUGGUGGCGGGCAUCGUGCUCAUCGGCCUCGCCCUGCUGCUCAUCUGGAAGCUGCUCAUGAUCAUACAUGACCGCCGCGAGUUUGCCAAGUUCGAGAAGGAGAAGCUAAAUGCCAAAUGGGACACGGGAGAGAACCCCAUCUACAAGAGUGCCGUGACGACCGUCAUCAACCCAAAAUACGAGGGAAAGUGACGUGGUCGCAACCCUGUGGGGUCUGCUGGUGUGCAGACGAGAAGGGGGGUUGCUGUUUACUCUUAAACUGUUUGUAAAACCACAGUGUGAUAGCUGUUAGUAUUCCCACCACUGCAGCAUGUUUACCAACCAUAUGUCUUUAAUUCUUAGCAAAGGUAAAUUUUGUGUAUGUCCGUUUUAAUAUCCUAAUUGUUCGGUCAGAAGGACUUACUUGUUCAUCCCGGAGUCGUCGGACUGUGUCCCUCGCCAGAGACUCGGCCCGGAGGGACGAAGGACCGUUGAGAAAGUUAAUUCUGUACAAGCUGUGAGAUGAGCUGUCUUCAUGCCUGCUUUGUAUGACAUGCGGACAAAAAAAUCAGCCAAGGGGCUCAGAAUGUGACCCCAGCGUGGAGAACAGUUCUGUGUUGUUUGCUUGGAACGGUCGGCUGAAUUUUGUCUUAAUACAGAGAUACGUGUGUCUGCUGAACUACUGAAUUUCAUGCGAAGAAACCGGUGUUGGUCAGAAUUACUGGCGGCUUCAUCCUCAUGAAAGCAGGUCUUUUCCAGUUUUUGUGAGGACGAAGCCACCAAGAACUCAAUCACAUUAUGUCAACCUAUUGGGGUUCGCCGUUAUCGUACCGUAGUCCUUGGUUGUUUUUUACAUCCCUGGUUCCCAUGUUUUAGGUGUGUUCUUAGCUAAGGAAGUUCAGAUCAAGCCAUUCUGUUUCUUUUCUGAAAGAGGAGUGAGUGUGAAGAUGCUGCUUUUUAAUUACUUUAAAUUCCAGAUCUGUAUCUGCACUACACAAGCCAGAAUCUUGUUUAUAAGGGCCGUUUCCACUUCUGCUGUUUUUCUGUUGUAUUCGGUUUUGUUGAGAAGUUAUUUAUUAAAUAAACUCCAAAAAAUGUCUAAUAUUGUGCCAGGGCGUCGUGUCCUAUUAACCUUAAUAGCUACGUGUUU